GAAGAGCUCGAGUUUCCCUGAGAAGGGGCCCACAUAGAACAGAACCGCAUUCGUUUUGGGCUGAAUUUAAUCAAGAUCUUGUUGUGAAGGUUUUGUAGAUGCAGUGACGAUGGAUUACACAUAGACUUUACCUUUUGAAUAUGGCCACUAAUGCCGAAGGUGAUGUCAGGAGUGUCAGGAAUUCAAUUUUUUAUGAUGAUGUGGUGUCUUCAGGAGAUUUAAGCAAUGAAAAUGUUACUCCAGCAGAAAAUAUACAAAACAGGGGUGAUGCUUCACCUUUUAACGGCAACGAUGGUAUGCAAAUCCAACACAAAGAUUUGAGGGGACAAAAUGAAGCAGAAAUUUCGGAGGCAGGUGAUGGAGAAAAAGAUGCAGUGAAUAAAAAUGGCUCUAGUAAGCCUAAACUUAAACCUAAACCUAAGAGGAAUAAGUUUGAUGAUCAAGGUUCACCAAAUGACAGACUGAAAAAUCGUAAGGAAAAUGAUAAGGAACAGUGGACACUAAUGAAAGGUGAAUUAAAUGAGAAUAAAGAUUGCAAGGAAUGCACAGAUAGUACAAAAACGGAAAAUGAUACUCAUUCUCAGGCACUUUCAAGGUGUCAAUAUCAAAAGACAGCUAGUGGUGAUUUUGAACAGAAAACUUCACCAGGUCACAGCUCUGAAGGUGACCCCAUCAAGCCCCCAAGAAGGCGUUUACCACAAGUACCAAACUCUGCUGAACCAAAGGCUCAGCAGAAUACUUCAUCACAUGGAGGUGAUGUGCUUUCUGUCACCCAUGAUGACUCAGGUGAACAAAAACUAGAGGAAAUUGUUUGCAAGCCAGUGCUAACAUCAAGUCCAAACCAAGAUGAGCUUCCCAGCUUGACUGUAGAAACUAGUGUGAUGGACACAAACCGCAGAGUACUAUCAUUCAUAGACGUGUCAACAGAAGGAAGAGCUAAAAAAGUGGAAUCUUUUUAUGACUACCUUUACUCUCAAGCAGAAGCUGAUGUUUCUGUAGAAGGACAAACGUCUCCUAUUUUAUGGCAAGCAGGGGACAGAAUCGGCAGUGCACUGUCUGGGUCAGAGGAACAUUUAUAUGAUGAUGUUCCAAGAGAUAGCAGUGUUGCUCAGAGCUGGAAGAGUAAUGGUACAUAUGAUGAGGUUAUUGUCAACCGAGAGGCAUAUGUCAUGCCUUCAAAUGAUGAUGAAAGUGAUGAUUACUCAGAAAGUGAGCCAUGGGGUUCAGACUUUGAGACUGAAGAUGACAUAACAUAUGCAGGAAGUAUUAGAACGCAAGAUGGUCUUAUUGAUGAGGAAGAAGAAGAGGAUCCCUAUGAUACAGUGGAAAUAAGUCCUAUGAGGGAACGGAAGAGACCGUUCCAGUUUGUAUCUGAAAUUGCAAACUUCUCGCCAUUUUCCACUGGGAAGAAGUCAUCACUGAGUAGUCCAGGACUGAAGGCCCAAUUUAAGGGUUGCCUUGGACUGAAUAGGGUGCCAAGCACACCAUACUUGGCUAGUGACUCCAAAAAAGUAGAAAAUGAAGAAUCAAAUGCAGUUUAUGUUGACCCAGAUAUCACAGACUCUGUUAACUAUCAGCAACCUGUUAUGCCACCUAUGCCAGAUGGUUUAUCCAAUGAGCAGAUCAAAAGAUACCAGAUUGUGAAGUUUAUGCUGGAGAGCGAAGCAGACUAUAUGAGACUUUUGGAUCAACUUAGCAAGCAAUAUGAGUUACCGAUCAGGGAGCGUGAUCUUCUUGAGCCAAGCAAGAUUGAUGUGAUCUUCCAGCAUGUACACAGAGUAUUGCAGUGUCAUGCCAUGUUUAAUAUUGCACUGAGUGCGAGGAUGUCAGACUGGACACCAGAUAUGAAUGUUGGUGACAUCCUGUAUGCUCUGUUUUGCAAAUCCAUGGUCCUAGAUGCUUACAGUGGAUAUGUGAACAACUUUGCUAAAGCUAUGGAUACAGUGAAAGUAGCUUGUAGAACUCAUCUGGCAUUUGCACAGUUUUUAAAGUCACGCAGACAGUCAAGCCUUGACCGCCACUCCCUUCAUUAUUUGAUGUUGAAACCAAUUCAUAGAUUUCCACAAAUUUUGGCCCUUCUUCAGGAACUACUGGUUGUGACUCCCAGGGAUCAUCCAGAUCGUGUCCCACUCCAACUUGCUCUGACUCAGUUAGAGUGCCUGGCAGAAAAUCUCAGUGAGAGAAAGAGAGAAGCUGAGCUGAGAAACAAAGUGAAGCUGUUGGAUGGUUUGGUGGCACAGAGUCACAAGCCUCUGGCUUCUGGAAAUAGGUACUUUAUAAGGCAGGAUGACUUUGUACAAUGUACUGUUGAAGGUGAAUCAAUCCUUGGAACAAAGAAACGACGCAUUAUCAUGUUGUCAGACAUGCUGCUUUGUGUUUCUCUCAUUAAAGGGUAACAGAUUGUCGAGUAGAAUUGAAGCCAUUCAUUUUCUUUCUGAGAAUAUAUGAUUUUAAUACACAUAACAUUUUAGUGACUAGCUAGCGCUGGUUGUUAAUUAAAUCAACAAUGAAAAUUAAUGAUGAAUAGAUUGAUUAGCUUUUUUUUCCUCAACUUUUUUUCAAAUCAAGUUUUUUUUAUUUGUUUUACUGAUUGCUUCGUUAUUUUGUAAUGGUUUACGAAAAAAAAUCAGUAAAUUUUACCUUGACUCAGGAAAAUUUGAUUUGCGACAACGUAACACAUGCAUUUCUCGUUUUCUCAUUCAUUUGGGCCUCGAUCCAAAGGCUAGUUUGAGCUGACUUUUGGCCAACAUAUCAACACUUUACACCCUAAUGUCAACAUGCAUAUUCUCCAUACUGUUCUCUUUACAUUUCUUAGGUGCCGACAAGGAGAUUUUUUCAACAAUUAAGAGCUUCUUUUACCUUGCUGAUCAUUUUUGUUUUACUCGUAAUCGUACUGUUUGAUUAAAGGCAGAUAUUCCUAGGAGAAAUUAGAUGCUGAUCACUCGUUAAGUCAAAAGGGUAAUGAGAAGAAAUACCGCUUGUAAAGGAAGCCGAAUGCUGAUCCGGUGCGUUUUAUAAUGUAUUUGUUGGGUCGGGGGAUUUUUCGUUUUUACUUUGGAAUCCUCGGGGAAUUUUGAUAACGGAUGUCCUAGGUACCUUGUUAUUUAUGACGUCGUUUCCUUUUUAGGAAGAAAGACCGUGCCAUGCACAUGGUUAUUGACCCAAAAGCCAAGUACAAACUUAAGUGGAAUGUUCCAUUGAGCGAUGUGGAUAUCAUAGA